UAUCCCACAAUGCAAAGCGUUUGUGUUGACAUGCAGCAAUGGCUGCUUCCACUGCCAAUGUGGAAGGUAUAACAGGACUGUUGGAGGAUUAUUUAUCAAAAGAUGGAUUUGAAGUCUAUCCUCUGAAGGUUGGUUGGUAUAACUCGGUGCUUACUCCCUCCCUCCGCCUGGCCUACCCAGAUGACAGCCUGGCCGUGGUGGUGCUCAGCACUCCUGCGAUGUUUGAACAAGCCUUCCUGCCCUUCAUGGAGGAGAGAGGCUGCCAGGCGCUGUCUGACCCCAUAGACCAGUGUGUCAAACACUGCGUCUCCUCUGCUGUCUCUCAGUGUUUCCCAGGUCAGGAGGUGGAUGUGAGGUACGACUACGAGCUGCUGCCCAGCAGGAAGCCGAAGUUCUUGGCGCAGACGGCGGCUCAUGUGUCUGGAGCAGCUUUCUACUACCAACAGUCUGACGUCAGAGACCAACCCUGGGCUGAAAAAAAGAUGUUCGGAGUGUGUGUGCACCCGAGGUUCGGGGGCUGGUUUGCCAUCAGAGCCCUGCUGGUGUUCGGAGGUGUGACGGUGGGCUCUGAGAUGGUGCAGCCGGCUCCUCCUGACUGUGUUCCUUCCAGAGAGGACAGGAUACAGCUGCUGGAGGCUUUCAACUUCCGCUGGCAGGACUGGAGCUACAGAGACGUCGUCCGUCCCGUCCAGAUCUACUCUCAGAAACAGAGGGACUACUUCUCCACUCUUCCUGCUCAGCGGUUCGCUCUGCUAAAGACUUGGGGCUUCCUGCCGAGAGACAGCGAUCAACCUGAUUGGACCUCAGACACACAGAGCGAGGUGACCGGACACGGCUGAAAACAGAAGAGCAGCUGCAGUGUGGAAGUGUUGCUCAUCCUCUCUGAGCACAAACCUCCGCUGCUCAGCUAGUGAGGUUUUGGAGGAAGCUUUUUAAGGUACAAGGGAAACUUUUCAGGGACUUGAAUAUGAACAUUUCCUGCUUUAUGGCCUCUAUAUGAUGUGUUUCAUCAUAUGUUUACACUACAUGUGUUCACACUACUGACUAUAAGCAGCUCCUCUCAUGGAAAUCAGAACAUACUUAAAUGUAUGUAAACGUUAGUGCUGCUGUGAGUGUGUUUAAAUUUAAAUUAUUAAGAAGAAUGCACCUUCUAUCCCCGUUGCUUGUGUCAUACUGUAACACACAAACCACAGAUGUUUAAGUAGCAACAGUGACUUUCAUUUGCACAUUUUAUCAGACCCUGUAUCACCAGCCUGCCUUGAAUCUGUAUCUCUACGUGCUGGUACCUGAUCCCAAAGAGAACAAACACUCUUCUUUUUCUAGAAUAUUUCUAUUUGAUUUAAUAGUGAAGCCAUAAAAAUAAACAAUACAAAUAAUAAAUCCAGGUUUUGA